CUUGGUAAGGUUGGUAUUUCUGAUAUUUUAUUAUGUUAUUUUGCUAACUUCACGUCAAUGUGCUCUCAAAACAAAUACGCAGAGUGCAUGCUAUACACAAAUACGUGUGCUUCGUAAGUCUCUAUUGUUUAUGAGUCCCAUUUGCAAUUACUAUAGCAGAUUUCCUUGUGGAAUCCUAGUGGAUUCGCUUUAGUAUUGCGAUAAAAGAUUUAACACUACCAUCUCACCCGAAACGGGCUGCUAGAUAUAAUGGAAGUAGAUCGCGUUGUAUCCGAUUCGGAAAACGUGGCGGUGGACGAGAAUGAAAAGCAAGUUGUGGAGGGAGCCGGGGACGCUGUUGCCUCCCAUACGGAGAAAUUGCGUCGCAAACACAAGAAAUACGUACGCACCAACAGCAAGGAAGGGCCCAGCCCUGUUGCAACUCCGCUCCCGAAAUAUCGCAGUUGGAAAAAUAGCCGUCGACCGCGCAACGGUCAUGGCAGAGGGCUGCCCAAGAAAGGCGGUGCCGGAGGGAAGGGAGUCUGGGGUGCACCCGGCUCCGAACUGCUCGAGGAGUACGUGGAAGAUGCGAACGAUCCCAACUACGACUCCGAGGCUGUCACUAAUGGCGACGUCGAGUUCAAACAGGUGAUCGUUGAAGCGGAUCCGGAAGAAAUUGUGCGUAAAUCGGAACCGGUUAUAUUGGAAUAUUUCGAGCAUGGCGACACUAAUGCGGCUGCCGAGGACUUCCUGGAAUUCGUUACGUCUACGCGGAGUCAUUUGAUAUGCGAGACUAUAAUAGAAAUAGCACUGGAUCACAAACUGUCGCACUGCGAAAUGGCGUCCGUUUUAAUAUCCGAUCUCUAUGGAAGACUCUUCUCCGCCAAAGACAUCGGAUACGCAUUUGAACGCCUGCUCGACAAGUUGCCGGACCUGGUCCUCGACACGCCGGACGCGGCCGUCCUGCUGUCCAAUUUCAUAGCGCGAUGCGUAGCCGACGACUGUUUGCCGCCGAAAUUCGUUCAGACUCGGGCGGGGCUAGACCUCAACCCGCCGGCCAGACAAGCCAUUCACAGAGCGGAGACAUUGCUGUCUAUGAAGCAAGGGCUCGUGCGAUUGGACAAUAUUUGGGGUGUUGGCGGCGGCAUCAGGCCGGUGAAGUCCCUCAUAAGGCAAAUACAGCUGCUGCUGAAAGAGUACCUGACGUCGGGCGACCUCGCCGAGGCGAUGCGCUGCGUGCGCGAGCUGGAGGUGCCGCACUUCCACCACGAGCUGGUCUACGAGACCGUGUUGUUAGCAGUAGAGACAAUAAAUUCGAGUGUUGAAGAGCAACUCUGUACGUUCCUCGCCGAGCUGCGUAGAUGCGUCAUCGUAACACCGGAUCAAAUGGACAGGGGCUUCCUCCGCGUGCUGGAAGACAUGUCUGACAUCGUGCUGGACGUGCCGCUGGCGUACAUCAUGCUGGACCGCUUCGUGGAGCGCUGCACGGCGCGCUUCCGACUCGCCGACAGCGUGCUGGCGCGCAUGCCCACCAGAGGUCGCAAACGUUUCGUGUCUGAGGGCGAUGGUGGUGCCAUCAAGGACCACGCUCUCAAGCUGCGCGAGUAGAUCGACGCGUACCGUACACACAGACAUACAAACAUAUAAGAUGUACUUCAUAGAGCCUUUAAUAAAUAUAUAACAGAUCUCAGAACAUAGAAAUGGCAUUAAGAUUAAUGUAACGAAACACGCUGAUUAUAUUUUAUUGUUAAAA